CUUUAUCUUUAAUGAAACCAAUUUUUAUUUCAACUGCUAUCUUUUUGCUUGCAAGUACUUCAUAUGGUGCUGUUAUCAAUAAUGGCCAUCUAUUAGCUCGAAAGGAAUAUGACCGAGGCCUUGCUCGUAGUUUUGGACCUGAUGUUCCUUAUCAGGAAUAUACCAAUUUAAAUUAUAUGCAACGUCAGCAAGAUUAUAGUGCUUUUACUUUGACCCAAGAUCCAGCUGAUAUUGCUAUCGCCUUUGCUGAAGCGGAACUGGUGAACGGUGAAUAUAUCGUUCAAUCUGUCUAUAAGUCUGAUUUAAACGGUGUGACUCAUGUCUAUCUAAGACAAAAGGUCAAUGGAUUAGAAGUACUUAAUGGUGAUAUCAACAUUAAUGUAGAUAGAUUGGGUCGUAUUAUUUCAUAUGGUAACUCAUUUGCUAGAGGUAGUCCAAAGAUGCCACGACAAGAAGAAAGUAAAUCCAUUUUUAAGCAUAUUCAAAAUGGUUUACAGAUUGUUUCUAGUUCAUUCUCUCAAGUUGUCUUUCAACAAGAGGAACAAGAGGAUGAUGACAUUGUUUAUAAUAUUAUAAGCCCAUAUAAAAGAGUGAUUGAUCCAGCUGAUGCAGUCUUAUCAUUAAUGGCCUUUGUUAAAUCUUCUUUACCAGAUCCAACUAUCUUGAAUUUCUUGACACCUGAAACAUUUAUUACCUUGAGUUCUUUCAAGGGCUCUCAUGAGGAGGAUACGACGGUUAUUCAAUUCGAAAAUGUCCCCUUUGCUGAAUCCCCCGUCGAGGUUCGUCAAGGUUAUAUACAGACAGAGACAGGUGAUUUGCAGCUUGUCUGGGAUGUUCAAUAUGAACUUCAAGAUAACUGGUAUAAUGCACAUGUGAACGCACAUGACGCUACCCUCAUCAGUCUUGUAGAUUGGGUUUCAAGUGCAUCCUAUUACAAUAUCAUCCCCUUUGGCUUUAAUGACCCUCAUGAAUCCCUUCAACAACUUGUCAAGAAUCCACAUGACCCCUGGGCAAGUCCAGAUGGUUGGCAUACACAAGGAUUUAUCGCCAAGGGGGCCAAGACCUAUAACGUCACGAUCGGCAAUAACGCUUACACACACACAAACCCAGAUGGUGGAUCAGAAUGGCAAAACAAUUAUCGACCUCAGGGACACCCUAAUGAUGACGGUGAAAGUGAUGGUGAUCAUGGUCUCGUCUUUAAUUAUGAGGCCCUAUUUGAUCGACAGGAACCAAAAGAAUAUCAAGACGCAGCCGUAACGAAUUUAUUCUAUUGGUGUAAUAUAGCGCAUGAUUUCUUUUAUCGUUAUGGCUUUGAUGAAAAGGCGGGGAACUUCCAACAGGAUAACUUGGGUCGUGGGCCUGAGAGUGGUGCUGGAGAUGCGGUGAUUGCGAAUGCUCAAGAUGGGUCCGGUCGUAAUAAUGCGAACUUUGCCACACCACCCGAUGGUAAACAUGGCAAGAUGCGGAUGUAUGUCUGGGAUCAAACGAAGCCGAUGCGCGAUGGUGAUUUUGAAAGUGGCAUCGUGAUUCAUGAAUAUACGCAUGGUGUAUCUACACGGUUAACAGGUGGACCCAAGAAUUCAAACUGUCUAGGUUGGGGUGAAGCAGGUGGGAUGGGUGAAGGAUGGGGUGACUUUAUUGCAACCGUGAUUCGAAUGCGUAAGGGCUAUAAUCGUUCUAUCGAGUUUGGUAUGGGUGAUUACUCAAAUGGGGGUGAGGGUAUUCGUAAAUACAAGUAUUCUACUUCAAAGGAGACAAACCCAAGUACCUAUUGUAUCAUGGAUCGAUUUGAUUAUUGGGGUGUUCAUGCAAAAGGUGAAGUCUGGGCAGAGAUGUUGUAUGAGGUUUAUUGGAACUUGGUCGACCGUUUGGGUUUUACUGAUCAAUGGUUCCCUCCUACUCCUACUCCUACUGCUGCGGCUAAAGCGAAAGCGAAGACUGCUGACCCUGAUAAGAUCACAUUGACAGAGGACGAGAUAAAGAUGAUUCGUAAACAUAUUACAAGUCAUGGUAACACGUUGGCUGUACAACUCGUCUUGGACGGCAUGAAACUUCAACCUUGUAACCCAAGUUUUAUAUCAGCUCGUGAUGCCAUCUUGGAAGCUGAAAAACAAUUAACUGGUGGUAAAUACUAUUGUGAUAUUUAUCGUGCCUUCGCUAAGCGUGGACUUGGUCCUGGUGCUAAACUAGAAAAGAAGGGCUGGAUUGAGCAACGUGUUGAAAGUUAUUCACUUCCUGCUGAAUGUGAAGAUUAAUUCUUUUUUUUUUUUUUUUUUUUUUUUU